AUGAUGGGCCCCUGGAAACUGUGCCGUAUUGUCUGGCGGCUGUUUUUGUCAAUCCUCAGUGCUUGGUUGCUUCUGGCCCUACUAUGGGCGCUUCUCCCCUUCCCUUCCGGUGAACAAGACAUCAACAACGGCGCCGACUACGCAACCAAGACCCUCCUCGGCGGCAAGAUACUGCGUCGAGUAUACUGGAAAUCCGCACAGGUGUCCGAUGGUUCCCGACAGGGGUUUGCGCUUGGCUAUCAUCUCAACAUCUCCAGCCGCACCCUUGCCGUCUCGGGGCUGGAAAAGCCCAUAGACAUAUUUCGCCAUGCAUCGGCUGAGGACAACGGACACACGGAAGAAGUAUCUGCGACCGCACGAGCGGGUGACACGGAUGGCGCCAACCUGCCAUGGUUCGCAGAAGCAGACGCGCUCUUGCUCUUCUGGCAGAUCCACCAAGAGCAUGCGACUGUUCCACUAAGACUGGUAUGGUCGACACAGGAAGCGGGAGAUGUGCAAAAGUUUGAUAUAUUGCUUAAUGAUCGAGAGCACGGAGAGGAUGCGCUUUUGUCUCUGACGAUGAAGGGGAACCACACCUCGACAAUCAGAGCCGGCUUCUCACCACAGCCGCGUUCUUCAUCGCCAUCCAACACGUACCCUCUCCGUGCUGCGAUCAUCCGGGCACUCGCUCCAUUCUCAAUCAUCCUCGCCGCCGUCUUCGGAGCCCUCGGGGGACUUUUCGGCAUUCUGGUGUCCUGGAUAUUCAAGGGUAUCUGCCUUGGGCUCGUGGUGUCAGGUGUAGCGGUAAUCUACAUGUGCUACUCCGGGAAACGCCCCCAUGAGCUCAUUGAUAUGGUGAGAGACGAACUACAGAAGGCGAGAGAUUCUGAGAUGAUGAGAAGAUGGAGAGGGCCGGAGAGUGAUGAAAGGGGAUCAGCGGGUAGCUUGGAGGAGCAGAAGAAAGCUUCCACUGAAACAGGCGACAACAUUGUUUGA